AUGUUGAAUGAAGUCUCGGAUCAUGAGGAGGACAGGAUUGAGAUCCGCUUUCAAAUGCAGACCAUUACGAAGGAUCAGGCAUACCUUCUUUGGCUUACCUCGGAGGCAUCAAAGCCAAAUGACUUGAGUGAAGUUAACAGCGACAAACUACAAGUGGCUCUGUGGAAGGCAACAUGGAUACGAAGCUCUUCUCGGCCAGUUGACAUGGUAUUUAGUAUCAUGGGGCUGUUCGGUGUGAGCCUAGAUCCCAGCAAAUUCCACCGAGAUGACCGGGUGGGAGCAACCCUGGCCCUGGCCUCGGCUGCGCUGCAGAAAGGUAGUACUGCUGCAUGGCUUGGGGCAUAUCUCGAGUUGGAUCCAUGUCCCUUCAUGUCUAGCUUUCCCUCAAUUCCAAACACUUCGGAAAGUGGAGGCUGCACUAUUCGAACAGCCACCGGUUUGAUGAAUGUCGAAGAUCUGGUAAAUGUGAUGAACAUCAUAUUGCCGACACGCUCAGCUACGCUCGAUAGUCAAGGCUAUUUGCAUCUCAAAAGCCAGGCAUUCCCCCUCGUUCGAAGCGAGGAAGGUUCAAGCUCAUCUGCAAAUCACAUAUCUGCUCAGAAUGGGGCAUGGAUCCUCGAUUCUUCGAAUAAAGGACACAGUCGGUAUUAUGCAAUCACAUUCGGCAGAAGAGUAUGGAUUGUACCGGGUGCGGAGCCUUGCUUGAUAUUCGCAGAUCCCAUUGUGCUGAUUAUCGUUGAACGGCAUUCCAAGAAACCCGACUUAUUCCACAGAAUAUCCCAUGCUAGUGUCACAGAGGACUUUAUUGCAAACUGGGAGGAGUAUGAAUUCGCUAUUGGGGGUCCAAACAAAUUUGGCUCGUAA